CGCAGUAGAAUAAAUUUAACGACAGAGGUGAAAAUGGUUGCUGUUACCGACGAUGAAGGUACUAAAAAAGUACCCACCUUUCAUGUUAUCCGAGAGGUCUACGACAGUUCCAAUGCCCAUCAACGUUUCGAGGCUGAACUCGAUAAGGCCCUGGAGGCUAAAGUUGAUUAUAUUAUAAUUGAACCACCACGGUUGGGUGAUGAAACUGGCCGAUGGAUAUCUGUGGGUAAUUGUUUACACAAAACGGCUGUUGCGACCGGUUUGGCUUCAUUGCUGUCCUCAUUGAUAUGGCCCAGUCGUCCGGUAAUAGCCGGACCAAUAUGUGCAGUAUCGUUAUUUUGUUCCGGCUUGUAUACAGUGUCGUGGAAUUAUGAUCCCUGCUGCCAGUACCAGGUAGUUGAAAACGACGAAGAAGUUUUAAAUAAACUGCCCCUAGCUGAUGUCUCAUCUCCUGUGAUCUUGGGCUAUGAGCCCAAUACAAAAACCAAAUAUUUACAUCGUAGUGUUACCCUGCUGUCGGCUGCAUUUUGUGCUUGGCAAAUCUGGCGUUCUUAUAAGUAGUGUGAUCCUAGGUCUAAACACAAAAAAA